CAAUCCCAGUUUAUUAGGGGAAAUGGGUUCUGCACUGCGUAAAGUGCGAUUGACCACAUUCACGUAGCAGGUUAGUCAAUUUUCUGCAGCGCCGGUACUCGCUAUGCAAAUGGCGUAGAGACCGCAUUCAUGACAGUAAAUGUUAACGUAAAACUACGUAACACAACAUUUGCAAUAGGUGGCCAUGGUGGCCACGCAAGUAUUGCGAGUCAUUCAAUCAAACAUAAGAAAAAUCGUUUUGAGGAAUAAAUACACAGCGAAUAUAUAAAUCCGUUUCCCUGCAUUUGGCGCUGGUCCAACGCUGCACGUUUGCAAGGUAGGCGAGACCGGUGUGUGUUGCUGUAUGAGGUGUGCGUGAGUGAGGGUGUGUGUGUGUGUUGCUGUGUGUGUGAAGUCCAGACAUGGUAAAGCUGGAGCUAGAUCAGGUGGUAAUGAGGAGAAUGAGGGAAGAUGACAUCGAGACUGUCAAAGCUAUCAUCAAGGAGGGUUGUCAGGGAACAGAAAACCGUCUGAUCCUCCACAUCCUGACUCGUCCUGUCUGCCUCCUACUCCUGGCCACCGUCUCCUCUGUCCUCCGCUGCUUCCUUCACUCCUUCAUCCUGGCCCUCAUCAUCCCUGUCUUCCUGCUCAUCGUCUACCUCAAGUUCACCAUGCCACGCUCCACCGGAGUGCUGGGCACCAGCCGGCCCUACUGGGACUAUGUGGGGAGCAGUUACCGAGGGGCGCAGGAUGAGACCCUUCCCAACCCCUAUAGCAGGAUCAGUGGGAAACCCCCACCGGCUAAAGGCAAGGCCAGACGGAGGACCAAACCCAAGGCAGAGGACAAGGACAAAGACUCGUCUCCUGAGAUCGUAGACGUGGAGAGGGAGAAGGCAGCAGGGCAGGUGUGGGUGGCGGACUGUGAGGGGGAGAUCGUGGGCUGUGUGUCCAGGGAGGGUGACUGUCGUCUGGGGAUGAGGAGGUUCUGCAGGGUGGUGGUGGGCUGCUGGUACCGCCGGGAGGGCCUCGGCAGACUGCUGGUCCAGAGUCUGGAGCAGAGGGAGAGGCAGACAGGGGCCAGGAGGAUCUACGCCCACGUCCCCUACCCCUCUGCAGUAGGAGAGGCCUUCUUCAGGAAGCUGGGCUACAGGCUGCAGGGGGAGGUGGGCUACGAUGGGGAGGAAGAAGAGGAGGAUGAAGAGCAGCCGGAGAGGACAUUUCUGGGCUUCCAUGUCACCAAGGUGUUUGUCAAAGACCUUAAGUGAUGUAGGAGACAACGAAGGGAAUGUGGAAAAUAAGACAAAGAUGAUAUACUAAAGGGAAAUAGAGAGAGGAGGAGGAGUGAUACUAUAGGGAAAUAGAGAGAGGAGGAGGAGAGAUACUAUAGGGAAAUAGAGAGAGGAGGAGGAGAGAUACUAUAGGGAAAUAGAGAGAGGAGGAGGAGAGAUACUAUAGGGAAAUAGAGAGAGGAGGAGGAGAGAUACUAUAGGGAAAUAGAGAGGGAGGAGGAGAGAUACUAUAGGGAAAUAGAGAGAGGAGGAGGAGAGAUACUAUAGGGAAAUAGAGAGAGGAGGAGGAGAGAUACUAUAGGGAAAUAGAGAGGGAGGAGGAGAGAUACUAUAGGGAAAUAGAGAGAGGAGGAGGAGAGAUACUAUAGGGAAAUAGAGAGAGGAGGAGGAGAGAUACUAUAGGGAAAUAGAGAGAGGAGGAGGAGAGAUACUAUAGGGAAAUAGAGAGAGGAGGAGGAGAGAUACUAUAGGGAAAUAGAGAGAGGAGGAGGAGAGAUACUAUAGGGAAAUAGAGAGAGGAGGAGGAGAGAUAUUAAAGGGAAAUAGAGAGAGGAGGAGAGAUACUAUAGGGAAAUAGAGAGAGGAGGAGGAGAGAUACUAUAGGGAAAUAGAGAGAGGAGGAGGAGAGAUACUAUAGGGAAAUAGAGAGAGGAGGAGGAGAGAUACUAUAGGGAAAUAGAGAGAAGAGGAGGAGAGAUAUUAAAGGGAAAUAGAGAGAGGAGGAGAGAUACUAUAGGGAAAUAGAGAGAGGAGGAGGAGAGAUACUAUAGGGAAAUAGAGAGAGAGGAGGAGGAAAGAUACUAUAGGGAAAUAGAGAGAGGAGGAGGAGAGAUACUAUAGGGAAAUAGAGAGAGAGGGGGAGGAGAGAUACUAUAGGGAAAUAGAGAGAGGAGGAGAGAUACUAUAGGGAAAUAGAGAGAGAGGAGGAGGAAAGAUACUAUAGGGAAAUAGAGAGAGGAGGAGGAGAGAUACUAUAGGGAAAUAGAGAGAGAGGAGGAGGAGAGAUACUAUAGGGAAAUAGAGAGAGGAGGAGGAGAUAUACUAUAGGGAAGUAGAGAGAGGAGGAGGAGAGAUACUAUAGGGAAGUAGAGAGAGGAGGAGGAGAGAUACAGUGAAAAGAGCGGGACUACCUCUCUUAUCAAGGCAAUAAUGAGGGUAGAGUCUAACUAAAAUGUUGGAAGACAAUGGACAAUUUAGUGAACAGAACCUCAUUUAAAUGAUGUUUUUUCCUCCUGAUUUGUAGUAUGUAUUUAUUUAUGUAAUGCUUUUACAAUUGUCAUUGAGUUCUUAUUCAAUGUAAAAAAUAUAUCUGUUUAUAUGUCUGGCUGGCUCUUUGUUUGUAAAAACUUGUUUUUAUUAAUAAGUGAUUUUGCAAAUAAAUGUGUGCGUACGCGGGGCUUUGUGCACACUUGUGUCA